CGGUUUGUUAAGAGUGUCUUAAAGUUAAGUCAUUAUGAAUCUAUUAAUGUAAAUCAAUAUAGAACAAUCUAAUAAUUUUUAACUUAUUUAUUUUAGAUUAAUUUUUUUUUAUUAUAAUGCAUGUUUAAUGAAAAUUAUAAUCUUAACUUCAUAAUGUCCAUUAAAGGUGUUUUAAAAAAGAAAUUCAACAUAAAAAAUCCAAUUAUUUCGAUGAAAAGGAAAAAAGACAAAAUUAAAACUAUUAUAACUGAAACAUCAGUCGAUACUUAUCAUAAACUUGAUAUUGAUGGAAUAAAAAGUACAACUACUGAAACACCAUUAAAGCUUGGAAAUGUUGGUCUUUGUACAAACAUUGAUACAAAUGAAACAAGAGAAUCAAUGAAAAUUAAAAAAAAACGCAAAUCUAUUGACACAAAUAAUGAAGUUGAUCCUACUAAAAAGAAGAAGGUAACUUUUGCAGAUAAUGUAGUUAGUAGAGAUAAAUCUACAGCUGGUAAAAUGAAAAAGUUAAGUUUGAACAAAAAGAAAAAAAAGGAUUAUAUAAGCAAGUUGAAGGCGAAAAAAAAAAAACUAAAAAAUGCCAAAAUAUGUGAAAGAAUAGCCUUUGCUAAUGGCAUGUCGAGACAAGAACGUGCUUGUGAAUAUUUAAUUCAAUGGAAAAAUGACCGCUGUAAUUGGAAGUUUAAAAAAAUUAAUCAACUUUGGUUGAUUAAAAAUACUUAUGAUUUAACAUUGAUAUCCAAGGAGAAUUUUGAGAUUUUAGUUGAAUACCUUCAAACGAUUGAAGGUAAGAGCCGUAAUUUAAUUCUUGAAUGUGCCAACAACAUUAUCGCAGAGUUUUCUGCUUCAAAUUAUGAAGAACAAGAAUUAAAUUUAUCUCAGACAAAUAAAUAUCAACGUGCAAGGACUAUCAUUCAAAUGUUAAGUUAACAAAUUAAUACUUGAGAAAAUUGUAUUUUUUUUAUUUCCUAUUCAUUUUGUAUUAUUUAAAUACACAAAUUCAACAUCAUAAA